AUGAUCUACGGCUUGAAUCAGACCGCGCUCUCUUUCUACUCAGGAGCUACUCCCGCAGGUGGUCUCGUCUACUGCUCAUUGGCAGGAAAGCAGGUAGUUGUCGUGAACUCCGAACGCAUCGCCCGCGAACUUAUUGACAAGCGGUCGCACAUAUACUCUGAUCGUCCCUAUUUGUCAAACGACGACUUAUCAAACAGUAUCGGAAUUGCCCAUAAUACAUCGCAACUACCGUAUGGCCCUGAGUGGAAGACCCAUUUCAGGCGAUUUCAAAAGGUCUUGAAAGCAGAUGCGGCGAAAGCCCACUAUGCCUCGCACUUGGAUCAUAGCCGCCAGUUUCUCGUUGACAUCUACAAAGCUCCUGCGCUAUGGGAAGAGAACAUGCGGAAAAUGACUGCGGCCAGUAUUAUCAAGCUGACUUACGGCUAUGAAAUUGUACCAGAAAACGACCCCUUCUGCGAACCAGUGGUCGAGUUGCUAGAUCGGCUGAGGUCCAGAAAAUCCCUGUUUGGGUUCCGGGUACUUCUUGGCAAAGAGACGCUCAGAGAUCAAGAGAGCUUGCAGCUCGUGGUCGCGACAUACCCUUUGCUUGGGUAA